UCGCUCAGAUAAAGUUUUGUUUCUUUCGAGUUUCAAGUGAGUGAUCAGAAAAAUGGGUGGCGGAGGAGCUAUGCGUACGGCGGCGAAGCUCGCCGGCCUCGGCGUCGGUAGGUCCGGCCUCCGGGGAUCGUCGGCGUCGCUCCCGACUGAGCAAUCGGUGCGUCAAGCGUCGCGACCCGCGUCGGUUACCGGAGUGUCUUUGCAAGGAUCGAAAGCCGCUGAGGUUGCGCCGCUGCACACCGUGUCGUGGGAGGAUUGGGAGUUCGAAGACGACGGCGAUUUGGUCGUGCCGAGAAUGGUGUUCGGCUCUGCCCCGAGUUUCGAGGAAGCUAAGGAAGCCACCACGGAACUGAAGGACGCUAUUGAUAAAAUAUAUCUUUCUUCUGAUUCUUCCAAAUGUGAGGGCUCAUCUCCCGACAGUCAAGUCUCUGUUCUAUCUCCUACUCGUUAUGAGCCAGUGACCAAAUCUUGUGUCAUUGAGGCUAUUUCAAAUCCUUCGGUACCAAAGCAUGCAAUUCAGGCUUUUCAAUUGCUUAGUACAAGUCCUGAGGCCCAGACUGUUGUGGCUUCUAUUGCUUCUGACCCUAAUGUAUGGAAAGCAGUCAUGGAAAAUUCUGCCAUCAAUAAUUUCUUCCAAUCGCACCAAACAGUGGGAAGUACUGAAAAAGUGGUAGAGUUAACUGCCGGUGCUGAAGUGGCUGGUUUUGAAGGGGUGCAAAAUGCUGAAAAGGUGGAGCCUGAGACUUCCUCAGGAAAAGGGUUUUUUGAUUUCAUGGGUCUUCUGCAGAAUAUAAAGCUUACAGUUGCAGAACUGGUUAGUAGCAUGUCAAGCUUCCUUCAGAACAUAUUCCCAGCAGCUGAGAAAGAGAAAAAGUGUGCUGAUACUGAUGAAAGUUCAAAUUUUAGUUUCAUGGAUUCUAAAACUUUCAUGGGAGGAACCUUCAUGGGAUUGGUGGUACUGGUUAUAAUGGUGGUACUGGUGAAGAGAGUUUAAACUCCUAAAGGAAAAAAUUCCAAUUUGUCGAGAUUCCUAAUUGUUUUCAAAACUUGUAAUUAAGUAUGAAAUGCUUUUAAACUAAAUAGAAUGGCACGUAGUGUUUCGACUCGGUUGUGGAUUUCUCUUGACAUUUGAAAGCUCGACUUGCUAGUUAUGUUUCUUUUAUGUUGCUUCUUUUUCUUAUCACCCUUGUUUUAUUUCUUCACUAUUCCCAUCA